GAUGAAGUCGGUAGCACAGAAAGGCGGCCAGUAGAAACUAACUAACUAAACCUAACUCAUAUUAUAUAUCUCAAGACGUCUUGUAGCCUAUUAAUAACUUGAAAAUGGCCGAAGAAGUGCUAAUUCUCAGCUCAGGCAAAAUAACAUCGCAUCUUACCUCAUCUCUGCUGGCAGUGGCUUUUCUUACCUCCUUUGGUAGCUCAAUGCUGUAUGGAUAUAACUUAGCUGUGGUCAACUCUCCUGCUGGGUACAUUAAAGACUUCUAUAACCGUACGGUGCUGAGUCGCAAUGGAACUGGAUUAAACGAGGAGGCCCUGACGCUCAUGUAUUCACUCACCGUUUCUGUGUUUGCGAUUGGAGGCCUGAUCGGCUCUUUGAUGGUGGGCACUCUGGUCACCAAAUUUGGAAGGAAAGGAACAGUGGUCAACUCCACUGUACUGGUGUUCUUGGCAGGUUCUCUCAUGGGGUUCAGCAGGAUCUGCGGUUCGCCCGAAAUGGUCAUCUUUGGUCGGUUUAUUACAGGAAUACAUUCAGGUAUCUCUCUCAGUGUGGUGCCUAUGUACCUGGGAGAGAUCGCUCCUAAAAACCUAAGAGGCUUCCUUGGGCUCAUGCCCAGCAUUUUCAUUUGUGCUGGGGUUUUCUCAGCUCAAGUCUUGGGCCUGCAUGAACUUUUAGGAAAGGAGGAGCACUGGCCCCUGUUUCUGUCUCUUGUGGUUGUCCCCACCUUUAUCCAGCUGAUGCUCUUACCGUGGUUUCCAGAAAGCCCACGCUACCUGUUGAUUGAGAAGCACAAUGUUCAUGCCACUAUUACUGCCUUGAAAUGGUACAGAGCCAAAUGUAACAUCCAGGCAGAGAUAGAGGAGAUGCAGGAGGAGCAACGCUCUCUGUCCUCAGUGGAGACAGUUUCUGUCUGGCAGCUGUUACUGGACCACACUGUUCGCUGGCAGGUCCUGUCUGUGGUGGUCAUCAAUAUCGGUAUGCAGCUGUCUGGUAUUGAUGCGAUCUGGUUUUACACCAACAACAUCUUUGAAAACGCAGGAAUCCCGGCUCCUGAGAUCCAAUACACGACUGUAGGAACUGGAGCUAUAGAGAUCGUUGCAGGCCUCAUAGGGUGUUUCACCAUUGAGCGUCUUGGGCGAAGGCCAUUGAUAAUUGGAGGUUUUGGUGUCAUGGGGAUGUGUUGUGCUGGGAUAACACUGUCUCUCAUUCUUCAAAUUCAUGUGCCUUUCAUGAAAUAUGUGAGUGUGGGGUGUGUGGUUGGGAUCAUUGCUGGAUUCUGCAUCGGGCCGGCGGGCGUUCCGUUCCUGAUCACAGCUGAGCUCUUUAAGCAAUCCCAUCGUCCUGCCGCAUACACCGUUGGAGGAUCUCUUAACUGGAUGUCGAACUUCACCAUCGGCUUCAUCUUUCCGUUCCUUCAGAUGUCUGCUGGGUCCUUCUGCUAUCUGGUGUUCUGUGCCAUAUGCCUGUCAGUGGCCGUCUAUGUGUAUUUUGUUAUUCCGGAAACUAAAAAUAAAACAUUUGUAGAGAUUAGUCAGAUGUUUGCUACGAAAGAGGCUGUGGAAGAGAGCCAGGCCCUGACUCACCCGGACCAGCUCAAACUGAAAAAGAUGAAUGGAUAUGGCUCACUUGAAAAUGGUUCACUUGAAUUCGACAGCUCUUCUUCUUGUGCUUAAACUCAGAAGAAAAGCAAAAAAUGCACUUGAGAAGUUUAGGAAUUAGAUCAAUUAUCAUCCAUGCAUUAAAGGCAUGACUGGCCUUGACAGUACGCAGUGUACGCAGUGGGUUCAGACGGAAGUUAGUUUCUCCUUAAAGGGAUAGUUCAUACAAAAUUUUUAAUUCUGUUAUUAAUUACUCACCCUCAUGUCGCUACAAACCUGUAAAACCUUCAUUCAUCUUCAGAAUACAAAUUAAGAUAUUUUUGAUGAAAUCCGAGAGCUUUCUGACCCUGCAUAGACAGCAAUGCAACUACCACAUUCAAGGCCCAGAAAGGUAGUAAAGACAUUGUGACCUUAAUUUUAUGAUGCUAAUACUUUUUGUGCACAAAGAAAACAAAAUGAAUCGACGUUAUUUAACAAAUUUUUCUCUUCCGUGGCAGUCUUUGAUGCAUCACAAUGCAUUUUUGGGUGAACUGUCCCUUUCAUAACAAAACAUGAGCUGAAAUUAUUUUCAGAUCAGGAUCAUAUUUAGCUUUGUAAUGAUGCUUGAACAUCCAGAGCAUUUGUAUGUAAGAACAGUGCCAUAUACAUGUCUUGCCACAUGUAUAUUGUUAUUGAGAAAUGACUGUUUUUUCACUAUUUAUCAUGUUUGUGUUGUGAAGAAAUUCCGUCAUGUAUAUAGGCCUUAAACAUAUUUUUAUCAUUAUGAGAGUAUAUAUGUAGUUGCAGUCAUCUCUUGCACACAUUAUUGUGAGUGUUAAAUGGCAUUGGAUCAUUUAGUACACUCGGGUGCUAAUGUACCACCUUAUCAGAGACUAUAAAUAGGCUGAGAUUAAUAUUUGGUAUUUUGGUAUUUUAAAUAUUCCUUUGCUUUUUUUGAAAAUUAUGUUGUUUUGUUUACAGAUAUUUUGAACACUACUACAGCUGUAAAUUUGUAUUAGUACAUUACCAGUCAAAAGUUUUUGAACAGUAAGAUUUUUUAUGUUUUUUAAAGAAUUAUCUUCUGCUCACUAAGCAUGCGUUUAUUUGAUUCAAAAUAUUGAAAUGUUUUUACUAUUUAAAAUAACUGCUUUCUGUUUGAAUAUAUUUUAAAAUUUCAUUUAUUCCUGUGAUCAAAGCUACAUUUUCACCACCAUUACUCUAGUCUGCAGUGUCAAAUAAAUGUAGGCUUGGUGAGCAGAAGAGGCUUCUUUAAAAAACAUUAAAAAUGUUACUGUUCAAAAACUUUUGACUGAUAGUGUACAUAAUAUACACCGCCAUUCAAAAGUUUGAGGUUUAUACUUUUUUAAAGAAAUUAAUGCCUUUAUUCAGCAAGGAUGCAUUAAAUACAUUUAGGAUGUUACAAACGGUCUAUUUUUAAAAUAAAUUAAUUAAAAUAUCUUGAAAAAUAACAAAAAAAAUUCAGCAGCACAACUGUUUUCAACAUUGAGAAUAAUAAAUGUUACUUGAACAGAAAAUCAGCCUAUUAGAAUGAUUUCUGAAGGAUCAUGUGACACUGAAGACUACAGUAAUGAUGCUGAAAAUCACAGAAAACUAAUAAUAUAAUUUUUUUCUGAUUUUACAGUAUUUUAAAUCAAAUAUGCAGCCUUUGGGAGCAUAUGAGACUUCUUUUAAAACAAUUUAAAAAUCUUACUGACCCAAAACUUUUGAAUGGUAGUGUAUUAAGGUAUAGGUUCUGUUCAUAAUAUUAUCUUUAUAUUAUCUGUAUAUUAUAUCUG